AUGCGGUAUAAUGAUGUCCCCGAGAGAAAUUCAAUUGAAAAGAGCUUCUUCGAAUGGACAUUCCUUGUUCUUCUUCCGUGCUACUCAAUACGCGUUCAAAUAUUUUCUUCUUUGCUUAUUCGUCCCCGCCCCCUGACUACGUGCGAAUCCAUCCUGAAUGCGAUCAAGAUAUUCGCCCAAUCUGUUCAGUCUAAUCGCGUAACACGUGACCCUCAACUUCACAUGAGCCUCUUCGGAGCAUGCUCGCCAACCUCACAUGUCACCGUGUUAACAAAAAAGGAAAUGUAUAAUUGCAACAAAAUUCCUCCUUCUUCGUUUAUUUCUGUCUUUAUUCUCCCCUUACCCCACAGGUUUCCUUCCUUCUCUAUUUCAUUAGAAUCAUUUAGUUUGAACCAUCAUAUUUUUCAAGUGCUACUCUACCCCUACUCCUCUUCCUCUCUCUUUCCCCUUUAUAAUCAGCAUUUAACAUUUUCUCUCCAAUCAUUUCUUUCUUUCUAUGUCGCGAACCAUUUCUUUCUUUCUUUCGAUGUCGAGAACCAUUUCUGCCUUCCUUUUUAUAUAAAAAAACGAUUUCUUUCUCUCUUUCUUCUUUUUGUCUAUGUUGAGAAUCAUUUUUUCUUUUUAUGUCGAAAACCAUUUCUUUCUUUUUCUUUCUUUAUUUCUGUCUGUCUUUCUUUCUUUCUUUCUUUCUUUCUAUGUCGAGAACAAUUUCUUUCUUUCUCCAUUAUAUUCUUAAAGAUCCCUUAA